AAAAAAACUACGUUCAUGGUCUGCACGCCGAAUACAGAGAAGGAACAAGCUUUUAUUUUGAAGACCACGCACCGGAUGCUGUCCGCUGAGAGCGGGACGUCGGAAGAAAGUUUCUUCCGCCGCUUCACUUCACUCCCUCUCGCCACCGUCGACAGGAGGCUCUGCGCUAGUACCUGCGAUAUAACGCUCACCAUGGCAGAACAGGAACCCACACCGGAGCAGCUGGAGGAGCUCGCCGCCGCCAACAAGGAGGGCGAGAACGCGGUGAACUACAAACCUCCGGCCCAGAAGAGCCUGCAGGAGAUCCAGCAGCUGGACGAGGAGGACGAAAGCCUGCGCAAGUACAAGGAGGCCCUGCUGGGCAAGGUGGCCACGGUCGCAGAUCCCAGCGUCCCGAACGUCCAGGUGAUGCGAAUGACUCUGGUGUGUGACACGGCUCCGCAGCCCUUGGUGCUGAACCUGCAGGACUUGGACAAAUUAAGGAAGAACCCGUUUGUGAUGAAGGAGGGAAUCGAGUACAGAAUAAAGAUCACCUUCAAGGUCAACAAGGACAUCGUGUCGGGCCUGAAGUACACCCAGCAAACGUUCAGAAAAGGAAUCAAACUUGACAAGUCGGACUACAUGGUCGGCAGCUACGGGCCCAAAGCGGACGAGGAGUACGAGUUCCUCACCACCGUGGAGGAGUCCCCGAAAGGCCUGCUGGCCCGCGGCACCUACAACAUCAAGUCCAAGUUCACCGACGACGACGAGCACGACCACCUCUCCUGGGAAUGGAGCCUGACCAUCAAGAAGGACUGGACAAACUGAUCCCUCCUCCUGGGCUCCUUCCUGCUGUCAUUCUGUUGUUCCUGUCUGGAUUCUCUCCCUUUUUUUUUUUAAGCUUCUGCUCUCGCCGUCCAUCGACAACCUGAUUUUCUUCCCCCCCUCUUCCUGAUUUCUAAUCACUUCAUCGUUCCUCCCCUUUGUAGCGCUUUCGUUUGUUUGCACCCGACCUUCUUGUUCAGUAUCGAGUCUUUAAAAAAUGGAGAGAGUGAUAAUGUGCACAAUCCAGACGGUUUUCUUAUAAAAGAAAAAACAAGUAAAAAAUAGAUAGUCUGUUAGCUGCUUUAGGAAGUGGCCCACUGUGGGAUCCAUGCUGCCCUUUAACCCGCUUUCAUUCCUUUUGUACAAUUACUGUGAUCCGCCUUCCUAAAGCCUUUGAGCAGAUUAUUUGUACCAGGCUCUUUGGAGCAGAGACCACCUCUAUUUCAAUUUAGCACCUGCCGAAAGGUAGACUAAAUGACCUCUGACCCCUAGCUGUAGGUGUGGCUGUUCCUCUCCUGAUCAGGGUAUGCUGGCAGGUUUCUUUUAUGUUUUUUUUCUUAGCAGCCACGAGGCCUUAACAAAACCCCACAGGGAGAAAUAACCUGAUUGAGCCAUCUGCCUUCCAGACAUCAUGUGAGCGUGUUUAUAUAUAUACUUGCAAUCAGGACCAAGACCCGUCAUCAACAGUUUUGGUGAUUUGAACAUCUAGUACUUGAUUUCUAAUUAUGGAUUUAAAUGAACAUCUUUUAAGACGACUGUAAAAGUGCAGGUUGUGCUGCUGGCCUUCUGCCGCCCUCUUAAACCCGCUCACCUGGUAUUACUAAAGCUAAGCAUUAGCAUCGCUGACUGUGCCUCCGGUCUCUUACAGCCACUCGCGGCUCCUCGGUGAAGUGAAAUGUCGUCUGUAAUUGACUUCUUGUAAAGUACGUGGACAUCAGGGCCCAAGCAGACCUUUCUUAUACACUCCAGUUGGCGGGCCGGGGCGUCUGCGUCCGGCAUCACGGGCCCGUGUUCUCGACUGAAUGUUUCCACUUGUAUCUCCUGUGUUCACAUUAAAGUGUUCAGACUGGG